AUGGUAGAGAACGGAGCCACCCCGUAUACUCAGGAUGAACCCGACGAAGAACAGCCAUUGCUGCGAUCGGACCCUCCAACUUGGACCCCGCCGCCAGGUUUUUUAUUAAUUCAAAUUGCAAUCAUGGCCAACGUCUUUCUCGGGGGGUUCGAUGGCACUAUCACCGCCUCGACCUACGCCGUGAUCAGCUCCGAAUUCAACGCGGCGAACACUGCGUCGUGGCUGACGACCUCUUACCUGAUCACAAGUACUGCAUUCCAGCCUUUGUAUGGCCGCUUUUCUGAUCUACUCGGUCGCCGAUCGUGCUUUUUCACCGCGACAAUCACCUUCAUGGCUGGUUGUCUUGGGUGUGCCAUAGCUCGGGAUGUGGUCUUUUUGAACAUCAUGCGUGCCUUGACGGGCAUUGGAGGUGGAGGAUUGAUGACUAUGGCAACAAUCAUCAACUCCGAUCUCAUCCCCUUCCGCCAACGCGGGAUGUAUCAGGCAAUCCAGAACGUUUCUUAUGGCUUUGGAGCCAUCUGUGGUGCCUCGUUUGGUGGUUCCAUCGUGGACUCAAUUGGAUGGCGUUGGUGUUUUUUCCUUCAGGUGCCAGUGUCAUUGUUCGCUUUGGUCAUGGGCUAUAUAGUCUUGAAGUUCCCAGCACGUUCCACUGAUACUUCCCCGGGUCGACGGACGCAAGGCACCUGGCACCAAAUUGAUUUCUUGGGAGCCUGCCUGCUCAUUCUGGCUCUCUCGACCCAGCUUGUUGGACUGAGUCUCGGUGGAAACAUUCUACCCUGGAGCGAUGUCUGGGUGAUUUUCCCACUGGUCGCCAGUGUGGUACUUCUGGUCGCGUUCAUCAUUGUUGAAGCCACCACCUCUGCUGUUCCAUUGAUUCCAUUGAAGAUGCUUCGAGGAACUCUUCCUAUUUCCACACAGGUUGCCAAUGUCUGUGUGGGGAUGUCGGCAUAUGCUUACCUCUUCACUCUCCCGCUUAUGUUCCAAGUGAUUCUCCUGGAUUCGCCCAGUAAAGCCGGUGCCCGACUUGUUAUCCCCUGUCUCGCUACACCAUUGGGUGGUCUCAUCUCAGGAAUUGUCAUGUCUCGCUGGGGCAAGCUGGCAUAUCUCGUACGCGCAGGUGCUGCCUUGAUGUUUAUCGGCAACCUCAUGGUAAUGCUUCUACGUUUUAACGACGCAAGUUGGAAGUACGUUGCAUAUGUCAUCCCUGCCAAUCUGGGACAGGGUAUAGUAUACCCGGGGAUCCUGUUCACGUUCCUUGCAGCUUUCGACCACUCCGAUCAUGCCGUCUCCGCAUCGACCGUUUACCUUAUUCGCUCUCUCGGAACCGUUUGGGGCGUCGCAGCAACCUCCACAGUCAUGCAGAAUACACUGAACUCAGGCCUCGGGGAGGCCUUGAGUGGAAUACCAGACAAAUGGAAAGUUAUUGAUGAGAUCCGUCACUCCAUAUCGGCCAUUUAUGACCUUCCCCCCGAUGUGCAAAUGGCCGUCCGACUGGUUUAUUACCGUGGAAUCCGCCUGUCAUUCGCGGCCUCGGCGUCAUUUGGCCUCGUGGCGACUAUCGCGGCGCUAUUUACCAGUGGAAAGGGCCUCGAACGCGCGGGUUCAAAAUAA